UUCUUCUUCAUUUCUAAAUUCCACCAAUGGCGUCGACUCUCUCUUGCUCCGCCUCUGAUCUCAUCCCCUUACUAUCAGGCGGAGCCAACGCCACCGCCGCAGCCGCCGCCGCAGAAUUCAUCUGCGGGAGAUUCGAAACGAUCUCCGGCAAAUUCACCGACGCGUCUUACGCUAUAGACAACACUUACCUCCUCUUCUCCGCGUACCUCGUCUUCGCAAUGCAGCUCGGCUUCGCCAUGCUCUGCGCCGGCUCCGUCAGAGCCAAAAACACGAUGAACAUAAUGCUCACGAACGUCAUCGACGCCGCCGCCGGAGGUCUCUUCUACUACCUCUUCGGCUUCGCCUUCGCCUUUGGCUCUCCGUCCAACGGCUUCAUCGGAAAACACUUCUUCGCCAUGAGCGGCUUCCCGAAGGCUUCGUUUGAUUAUCCUUACUUUCUUUAUCAGUGGACGUUCGCCAUCGCCGCCGCGGGGAUCACCAGCGGGUCCAUCGCCGAGAGGACGCAGUUCGUUGCGUAUUUGAUUUAUUCGUCUUUCUUAACCGGGUUGGUUUACCCGAUCGUGUCUCAUUGGUUCUGGUCUAGCGACGGUUGGGCGUCUCCAACUAGAGCUGAUAACCUUCUGUUUCAAUCAGGGGUGAUUGAUUUCGCUGGAUCCGGCGUCGUUCACAUGGUUGGAGGGAUAGCCGGUUUAUGGGGAGCGUUAAUCGAAGGACCGAGAAUCGGCCGGUUUGAGAAUAGAGGUAAACCGGUUACGUUGCGUGGUCAUAGCGCGACGUUGGUUGUGCUUGGUACGUUCUUACUCUGGUUCGGUUGGUACGGGUUUAACCCCGGUUCGUUUGCGAUUAUUAACAAAUCUUACGGUGCGUCUCCGGGAAGUUCGUUUUACGGACAGUGGAGCGCGGUCGGGAGAACAGCUGUUACAACUACUUUAGCUGGAUGCACGGCGGCGUUGACGACUCUGUUCGGGAAAAGACUUAUUGAUGGUUAUUGGAACGUGACUGACGUGUGUAACGGUUUGCUAGGCGGGUUUGCCGCGAUAACCGGCGGUUGCUCGGUUGUUGAACCUUGGGCGGCGGUUAUCUGCGGGUUUGUAGCUGCAUGGGUGCUAAUGGGAUUCAACAAGCUAGCUGAUAAGUUGAGAUACGACGAUCCUUUGGAAGCGGCUCAGCUUCACGGUGGUUGCGGCGCGUGGGGGAUUAUAUUCACCGGUUUGUUUGCGGAUAAAACGUAUGUUUCAGAGAUCUUUGGAGGCGAUCCGAACAGGCCUUACGGGCUAUUGAUGGGAGGGGGAUGGAGGUUGCUUGCGGCGCACGUUGUCCAGAUUGCGGUGAUUACGGGGUGGGUUAGUGCGACGAUGGGGACUUUGUUUUUCGUGUUGCAUAAGCUGGAGCUGUUGAGGAUACCGUCGGAGGAUGAGAUCGCCGGGAUGGAUCCGACGAGUCAUGGCGGGUUGGCUUAUAUGUACACUGAAGAAGAGAUCGGGAAUGGGAUUAUGGUUAGGGAGAUGGGUCGUGAAAAUGAACAUGUAUAAUUAGGUGUUCUUUAGUUUCUUCAUUUUAAUAUAGCUACUCUUUGGUCUCUGAUUGUAUAUAUUUGCUCCUUUUGCAUUGGAGUAAAUUGUUCUAG